AUGGCAGGAGAUGUAGCACAAUGUAUUGCCCGAGGGUCUACUUUCCGAUUCCGGGACUUAUCCGCAUUGAUUUACCAAUGGGAUCUCAAACGAGCCAUAUCCAAAAAUAAUCAAUACAAUUCUUUAAAGCCAAAAGAGUUCGAACUAAACGUUAAUUACCGCUCCCACAAAGGGAUUCUUCAACUAGCUUCGUCAGUAAUACACCUCCUUCGAGUAUUAUUUCCUGAUUCUAUUGACGAGUUGUCGCCUGAAAUCAGUGAGGUUGGUGGUCCGAAACCUCUCAUCAUCGAGGGUUGCGAGGCUAAAACCCUUUUUGUCAAUAGAAAUGAAAAGGAAAAUGUGUAUAUUGAAUUGGGAGCUGGUCAGGUCAUUAUCGUACGUGAUGAAACGGCUAAGCAACAUUUGAUGGGUUUAAACAGCGAUAUUGGAUUAGUUUUGACUGUAUUCGAGGCCAAAGGCAUGGAGUUUAAUGAUGUGUUAUUGUAUAAUUUCUUUGCUGAUUCGCCCGCUCUUUUAAAAUGGCGAGUAAUUCUCUCCGAUUUGGAAGAUUAUUCUAAGGGAGUUCGGACAUUCUCUCCCGAGAAUCAUUAUAUCCUUUCUUCGGAACUCAAACAUCUCUAUGUCGCCAUAACCAGAGCUAGAGAGCGUCUCUGGAUUUUUGAUGAGGAUAUAAAGUUAAGUGAACCAAUCCGAACAUACUGG